AUGGUGCGCGGCUCCCCGAGGACGUCUGCGUCUGCAUCCGCGUCCUCGACCUCGACGCUGACACGUAAGAACAUGCGGAAAGGGACACACAGCUGCACAGAAUGCGAGUACCUCCCUCCCACGCCCAACUGCUCCGGCGGCCAGCUCAUGCGCAUUUGUCUAGGUCGUCGUCGGAAGAUUCGGUGCGACUCGAUGCCAGGAGAUUCAGUCUGUUUCAACUGCAAAUCUCGUCGCACACCAUGUGUAAGCCAGAGCGGUGAUGGCGCGAGACUGCAGUUGCGUCGGCGCCCAGAAUCCGAUUCUCCGAGAAAUAGCAGCAGUGAGGUCCCUACGUGGGCGGCGAGGAAUCCAGGCGUCCCGCAGGCUGCAGACGUUCUGGAAAACAGUGUCACAGAUCAGCGAGCACCCUUCCUCGCGGUUCUGGAACCGUCUGGACUCUCCAAAUCUCCCAAGACGGACGAUGCCAGUGCAUCAUCUCGGUCACGUCUAGCCAGGGACAGCAGAUUACCGUCCUACGAUUCUAUCAUGAAAGUUGCAUUGGCGCACAAAGGCUGGUGGGUUCGAAUACACAGAGCUGUUCAUGGCAUGUAUAACGGCACGAUUGAGUCUUUCCCAGACUUCGUCAGGCGAGCCUACUCGAGCGAUAGGCCUUCAGAACUAGGUAAGAUGGCGAUUGCGUUCGCUUUCGCUUCUGAUGUUGAUGGGUUCCAUAUAUAUACCUUGGUCGACCACCUUGUUGUCUCCGACAUGGCGUAUAUGUCUACUAUGGAAGGCUUGGAGUGCCUGAUCUUGCUGGCCAUUCUCUAUGCGGACGAGGGCCAGCCCAGAAGAUCAUGGAUGAUCUAUCGCAGAGGAGUAAUGGUCGCGCAUAUAACGGACCUGUACCAGGCUGGCCUCCGAUCAACAGCCAAGAGGCGGCUCUGGCUGUCCAUCUACCAAGCAGACCGCAUGAUGAGCAUGUUCCUCGGGCUGCCGUACGGCUUUGUCGAUAUGCACCAUCAGCAAAUCCUAGAGGUGCAGCCUGAAAAUGAAUACUUGGAUUCGACCAUGACCAUCCGCUGUGCGAUGAUAGCCGGAAAGGUCAUUGACCGAAACCACUCGCGUACAAAGGCUUCCAUCUCUAAGACACUGGAACUGGACGAGGAGAUGAAUGAGCUUGCAACGUCUUUCCCAGAAACCUGGUGGGAGCUUCCUGACCGGGUCCAAGCCGAUGGCCACGAUUUCGACGUAAUCCAUGUCCGGCUGCACCAGCAACUCUUCUUCUUCCACCUGCGACUCUACAUUUACCUACCGUUCCUCAGCAGUUCCGAAGAAAACUCUGUGCACGGUUCAAUCGUGCGCGCCGCCAGCAUGGAGGCUGCACGACAGCUGCUGAGGUGCUACCUUUGUCUGCAUAGUGACGCGGAGGGGCUGAGCCCGUCUGAGUGCAAGCUCGUGGACUUUAUGGCAUUUACCGGCGCCAUUGUCUUACUUCUAGGUUGCUCAAGGUCCUCCGGCCCAAGGAUGUCAAGUGAUGGGAAUGACAUCGAGGCUGUGCUGUCUUUGAUUCGGUGCUUGCAACGCCAGGAGAAUCAAGAAAACUGUCCCAUCGCGUCGCAAUGCCGCAAGACGCUUACGGUGCUGCUGUCGAGAUCGAGCACGGACGAAGAAGUCCGCAUCCCGUUCUUUGGCACAGUCGUCAGAAAAGGCGACCAAAUUGUAGAGCAGACCGCUCAGGCUGAUCAAAGCUUCAUAACAAACUCGAAUACGGGUGAUAGUCAUGCUUUACCUGCCGGCCAACCAUCCUCGUUGACGACUGUUACCAACUCUACUCCCGCGAGUGAAGACCUGGCGCUGCCGAGUUCUGCGUAUUCGGAGGCACCGUGGGGGAUGGAGCACCCAGGCCACAUGCCAGAACUGGGCUUUUUGUCCCAUCUAGAGGAUUUGUCGGCAGAUUUCGACAUAGGUUGGGAGUUCAUCAUGGAUCUCGACAGCUUCUCGGAAUCGUUAAGCUGUCCUUACGCAAGAUAA